AUGGGGUCACCUGAGGGACCUGCACAAGGCCAUCAAGCAAGCCGAGCCGGCGCUCGUCUCCGGCGACCCCACCAUCCAGUCCAUCGGGAACUACGAGAAGGCGUACGUGUUAAAGUCGAGCAGCAGCGCCUGCGCGGCGUUCCUGUCCAACUACCACACCAAGGCGGCGGCGCGGGUGGUGUUCAACGGGCGGCGCUACGACCUCCCGGCCUGGUCCAUCAGCGUGCUGCCGGACUACAAGACCGCCGUGGUGAGCGAGCCGUCGGCGCCGGCGAGGAUGAGCCCCGUGGGCGGCUUCUCGUGGCAGUCGUACAGCGAGGCCACCAACUAGCUGGACGACCGCGCCUUCACCAAGGACGGCCUGGUGGAGCAGCUCAGUAUGACGUGGGACAAGUCAGACUACCUGUGGUACACCACCUACGUGAACAUCAACUCCAACGAGCAGUUCUUGAAGUCCGGACAGCGGCCGCAGCUGACCAUCUACUCCGCCGGCCACGCCCUGCAGGUGUUCGUCAACGGCCAGUCCUACGGCACCGUGUAUGGCGGCUACGACAGCCCGAAGCUAACAUACAGCGGGUACGUGAGAAGAUGUGGCAGGGGAGCAACAAGAUCUCCAUCCUCAACGCAGCAGUCGGCCUCCCUAACCAGGGCACCCACUACGAGGCGUGGAACGUCAGCGUGCUCGGUCCGGUGACGCUGUCCGGCCUGAACGAGGGGAAGAGGGACCUCAGCAACCAGAAAUGGACCUACCAGAUCGGCGUGCACUCCGUCACCGGGAGCUCGCCCGUCGAGUGGGGCAGCGCGGCAGGGAAGCAACCCUUGACAUGGCACAAGGCCUACUUCAACGCGCCGGUGGCCCUGGACAUGGGCAGCAUGGGCAAGGGCCAAGCGUGGGUGAACGGCCACCACAUCGGCCGGUACUGGUCGUACAAGGCCUCCGGCAGCUGCGGCGGCUGCAGUUACACGGGGACGUACAGCGAGACCAAGUGCCAGACCAGCUGCUGCGACAUCUCCCAGAGGUACUACCAUGUCUCGCGCUCCUGGCUCAACCCCAGCGGAAACCUGCUGGUGGUGCUCGAGGAGUUCGGCGGCGACCUGUCCGGCGUCAAGCUCGUGACCAGGACGACAUGA